AAUAAAACCACAGUGCGGGUGAGCAGAUUUCAUGUCAAUUUCAUACUUUUUGCCAUCUCAUAGAAGAUCAUUUAUUUGUUCUUUCUGUCACUAUGAAUUGCUGGCAUAGAUCGAGAGGCUCAGAUACAUGAUUUGUUAUUAAUAAAUAAUUUUCUCACCAACAACGUUUUUUGUUCGAACUCACACGGCACACUAAUAUGCCCCAGCACAAUGGGUGGGAAUCACUGCUUUAAAGGUUCCGCCAGCUGAAAAAAGGGGAGUCGGCAUACCAGAUACUUUUGGGUGCUUAUAUUCACUUUCAAUCAUUCAUCGGCAGGUUCUUGACCACCUCUGUUACUCUUUAACCACUCUAUCUGAGAUAGCCACUUUGUAUGUGCUCUCCUCUCACCCAAAACAGGUGGGAGCGCUACUGAGGAGUUGAAUGAUUAAGCCAAGGCCGUUUUCCUAAGCCAAAGCUGCAAUUGUAUUUAUUUUUUGGAGGGGGAGGUGGGGGGUUCCGCCACAGAGUCUGACAGUUUGAAUUUUGAGACUCCACCUUCUGCCGCCUAUAUGAACGAUUGGGUCCGUUGACGGCACAACGAGAGGACAACGAGAAGACAUGCCUUCGGCCGGACUGGAGAUACUCGGAGUGGCGCUGGCCGUCCUGGGAUGGAUCCUGGGCCUGACGUCAUGCGUUCUGCCAAUGUGGAGAGUGUCGGCCUUCAUCGGCGUCAACAUUGUCACGGCGCAGACCAUCUGGGAGGGUAUCUGGAUGAAUUGCGUUGUGCAGAGCACGGGUCAGAUGCAGUGUAAGAUCCACGACUCCAUGUUGGCCCUCAGCGGCGAUCUACAGGCCGCCCGGGCUCUCACCAUCAUCUCCAUAGUGGUGGGCCUGUUGGGGAUUCUGAUGUCCAUGAUGGGGGCCAAGUGCACCAAUUGUGUGGAGGAGGAGCGGGCCAAAGCUCGGGUGAUGGUCGGGGCUGGGGCGGCGUUCAUCUUGGCAUCUGUGACCCAGCUCAUCCCGGUAUCGUGGUCGGCCAACGCCAUCAUCAUGGAGUUCUACAAUCCCGUCAUCCCUGAGGCCCAGAAGAGGGAGAUCGGUGCAGCUCUGAUGUCCGUCGGCCUGGAAUUGCUGGGCAUCUCCCUGUGCAUCCUGGGAUGGAUCAUCGGCAUUGUGUCAUGCGCCUUGCCCAUGUGGCGGGUGACGGCAUUCAUCGGCAGCAACAUCGUGACGGCGCAGAUCAUCUGGGAGGGCCUGUGGAUGACCUGCGUGGUUCAGAGCACGGGCCAGAUGCAGUGCAAGGUCUACGACUCCAUGCUGGCCCUGUCGCAGGACCUGCAGGCCGCCCGCGCCCUCACCGUCAUUUCCAUCUUGCUCGCCAUUAUAGCCGUGUUGAUCGCCAUCACCGGCGCCAAGUGCACCAACUGCAUCGAAGAGGAGGCAUCCAAAGCCAAGGUGAUGAUCGUCUCCGGAGUGUUCUUCAUCGUGUCGGGCGUCAUGCAGCUCAUUCCCGUCUCCUGGUCGGCCAACACCAUCAUCCGGGACUUCUACAACCCCUUGCUGACUGACGCCCAAAGGCGGGAACUGGGCGCCGCGCUCUACAUCGGAUGGGCGGCUGCCGCCCUCCUGAUCCUGGGUGGCGGAUUGCUCUGCUGCUCGUGCCCGCCCAGGGAGGCCCGCUACAACAAUUCCCGAAUGGCGUACUCGGCCUCCAGGUCGGCAGGAGGCCAGGGGGUGGAGAGGAAAGACUACGUGUGAGUGAGGACGUGGACACAAAGACUGGAAGGCCGUUGCCACCAGGACAUGAUGAAAAACAUUGCAACAUGCAUUCGUCGAUGUGUACAUUUUUACCCAACUGUGAGUCUCACGUGUGUGACUUGCUUAUUACUCACUAAAUGUUUUCCCAAACUGUAUUGAGCCAAGGCUCAUAUUUUAUUCAGAAAAAUCUCGUAGCCCAUCACCAAAAAUGAAUAAACAAGAACAGCUUUCAGGUGGAAUUAAAAGAAAUUUAAAUUGAAUCCUAGCAAGAUUUUGUUUUCCAGUCCAAAGUAGUAUGUAUGUAUGUAUGU